AUGGCGUCUUGUAAGGUAGAAAUAUUACAUCUUGCAGACCUCACGCCCGCACCGCAAGAGCGACUAUGGCAUUCUUCCCCCCACCCGCAGCUCCCAAUUAUUGCGACCUGUGGUGCGGAUAAAAUCAUUCGCAUUUACUCACUCCUAAACUUCACAUUAAUUUCUUCGAUAUCCGGUGGCCAUAAGCGGAGCGUCCGCAGUUCAGCAUGGAAGCCCAAUUCUCGGGAAGAAAUUGUACUAGCGACUGCAAGUUUUGAUGCAACUGUCGGCAUAUGGAAACGAUGGGAUCGUUUACUAGAUAACUCAACUGGUAUACCACAUAUUCCUGGCGCAGUCGAUAGUGGAAUGGAUAAAAUAUUUGCUACAGGGGAUGAAAAUGAGGAAAGCGAUGACUGGACAUUUGCUGUCCUUCUUGAUGGACAUGAUAGCGAGGUUAAAUCCGUUUCAUGGUCAUCCUCCGGCUCCCUUUUGGCAACAUGCUCUCGUGAUAAAUCGAUAUGGAUAUGGGAAGAUCUAGAGGAUGGCGAGAGCAAUUUUGAAACCAUCGCCGUGCUACAGGACCACCAGGGCGACGUGAAAUGUGUUUCCUGGCAUCCAGAGGAUGAUUGUCUCGCAAGUGGAGGCUACGACAAUACUAUUCGACUAUGGAGAGAAGAUAUAGAUGACUGGAGCCAAGUCGCCUGUCUAAAUGGCCAUGAAGGCACUGUGUGGUCUGUUGACUGGGAGGCACCAGCGUGCUCCCGGGUGGUUUCCGACAGUAAUAAGGAAAAUAACGCCCUUGACACAUCUGACAUACUUCGCACUGAAGGGGAACUAUCACCAAUGAUAGACACUAACCUACGUGCGCCACGGCUAGCAUCUUGCUCAGAUGACAAAACCGUUCGUAUUUGGAGAAAAUUGUCAGCACCGUCAACAUUCCCAAUACCACAGGACUCUAUACCAGGUACUAUCCGAACACGCUCUAUUGAAGAGACAUGGGUCCAGGAGAGUGUUCUGCCAGGUGAGCACGACUUAUCUAUAUAUUCAGUUUCUUGGAGUAAGAGAUCUGGCCUUCUAGCCUCUACCGGUGCGGAUGGGAAGAUAGUGAUAUAUGGCGAGCGACCAAAGCUGAGCCACCUUCAUGGUGACUCGGGUGAGCUCCCGGUCCCUUCUAAUAAAGGAGCUAUUUCAAUUGAGAAUAUACAAGUCACGAACACUCUUGCAAUUGAGACGGAGUGGCAUAUACUGUCAACAAUCGAGGCAGCUCAUGGUAUCCACGAAGUCAACCAUGUAUGCUGGGCAAAAAGAGGCAAUCCAGAUUCGAGGCUAGACGGACGUCUAAACCAGCAGGAAGAAAUCCUUCUAAGCACGGGUGAUAACGGGAUAGUUAGAGCCUGGGAGGUAGUGAAAAGAUAA